AUGGCGUCGAGUGCGCUCAGAUUCUGCUGCGCGGUGGCGACUCCCGGCCGGCUGGGCUCCUCCAGGUCAAAGUUCGCCGGCGGCCUCCAGCUCCCCACCGUCAGCGGCGCGUCCCGCUUCUCCAUGUCCGCAGAGUGGAUGCCGGGCCAGCCGCGUCCCCCCUACCUCGACGGCUCCGCCCCCGGGUAACGCCGAUCGUCUCCUUCCUUCCUUCCUUCCUCCUUGUAUCGAUCUCCCAUCGGUUCCUGAAACUCUGAACUUGGGGGCGAUUAUUUGCAGGGACUUUGGAUUUGACCCUUUGGGGCUCGGGGAGGUGCCGGAGAACCUCGAGCGGUUCAAGGAGUCGGAGCUUAUCCACUGCAGAUGGGCCAUGCUCGCCGUGGUCAGUAGCUCCUCCGCCACCACAACCACCACCACUAUCAUCAUCAUCAUCGCCUGCUUAAUCUGGUCUUCUUCUUCUUCGCUGUGUGCAUGCAGCCGGGGAUACUGGUGCCGGAGGCGCUGGGGCUGGGGAACUGGGUGAAGGCGCAGGAGUGGGCGGCGGUGCCCGGCGGGCAGGCGACCUACCUGGGCAACCCGGUACCGUGGGGCACCCUUCCCACCAUCCUCGUCAUCGAGUUCCUCUCCAUCGCCUUUGUCGAGCACCAGCGCAGCAUGGAGAAGGACCCCGAGAAGAAGAAGUACCCCGGCGGCGCCUUCGACCCCCUCGGCUACUCCAAGGACCCCGCCAAGUUCCAGGAAUACAAGGUCAAGGAGAUCAAGAACGGUGAGUUCCUCCCCCCAGUCCCCUUCCAGCGGAUCCCCUUCAAUCCCACAAGGCGCUCACCGAAAAUUGCCUCAACCAAGCGCAGGUCGCCUGGCUCUUCUAGCAUUCGUCGGGUUCUGCGUGCAGCAGUCGGCGUACCCCGGCACAGGCCCCCUGGAGAACCUGGCGACCCACCUCGCCGACCCAUGGCACAACAACAUCGGCGACAUCAUCAUCCCCAGGGACAUCCUCCAGUGA